AUGGCUGAGCUACAAGUUGAAGUCAAAAGACUUGCCGAACUAUCCACCCAAAACAACGCUAGUAAAUGUGAGGAGAAUGGUUCCAAAGGAAAAGGCAACGCAGACCUACUAAGUGUCAACCCACCAAAGGAGAAACUGACCUUGGACAACCCGUUCUCCGAGGAAAUCACCAAUUACAAGAUGCUAAAAAAUUUCACGCUGCCUUCUUCACUCGAGCCAUAUAAGGGGAUUGGUGACCCCCGGGCUCAUAUUAAAAAAUUUCAAUCUAUGAUGUUCUUUAAUGGCCCUAAUAAUGAACCUGUUCUUUGCAGAGCUUUCCCCACUUAUGUCGACGGUGCGGCUUUACUUUGGUUCUCAAAGUUACCUGCAGGAUCAAUCUCCUCUUUCGAGGAACUGGCGAAAUCCUUCAUAGACUACUUCGCUGCAGCACAGAUAUAUGUACACGGAUUAGACUACCUCGGCACCAUCCGCCAAGGUCCCCAAGAAAGCUUGAAAGACUAUCUGACCAGAUUUGCAGAAGCAACAAUGGAAAUACCCGAUCUGGAUCCUGCCAUCCACCUGCAUGCCCUGAAGGCCGGACUCCGACCCGGAAAAUUCAGAGAGACAAUCGCGAUAACUAAGCCGAAGACUUUGGAAGAAUUCCGAGAAAGGUCAGCAGAACAGAUGGAGAUUGAAGAGCUCUGCAAAGCCGAAAGAACGGAGAGAAAACAGCCAAAGAAAGAGGAUGACAGAGCCACAAGGUCGGCAAAUAUCAAAGACUCCAGAAAACCCUUCAGACUGACCCCAAAAUUCGACAAUGCAAGGGCAAGAAGCUACCAGGACCAGCGAUUCAUCGACAAAAGCAAACACUGCGCUUUCCAUCAGAAGUAUGGACACACAACUAACGAAUGCGUGAUAGUUAAAGAUCUGCUAGAGAGACUAGCUCGACAAGGCCUCCUUGACAAAUAUAUUGAAGGAAGAAGGUACAAAGAAGGUAACAAAGACCGAGAAGAACGUCAUCAAGCUACAGGGCAUAAGGAGGACAACAAAUGGUCAAACAACACUCCACCCAAAAGCAUCAUAAACUGUAUAUCCGGAGGAUUCGCCUGGGGAGGUGAAACGACUUCGGCGCGAAAACGAAGCUACCGCGCAAUUCUAGCAAUCGAAGGAACAACACCACAAAACAAUAAAAGUGCGCCUGACCUCAAUAUUACUUUCAGCCAGACAGAUAUAUGCUCGGCGGCACCAAACUUGGACGAUCCAGUGGUAAUUUCCAUCCAAACAGGCGAGUUACUGGUAAGAAAAGUCCUUUUGGACCCAGGUUGCAGUACAGAUAUUCUUUUUUACUCCACUUUCUUAAAAAUGAAAUUAUCUGAAAAACUCAUACAACCCUCAUCUGGAGAACUAGUAGGGUUCUCCGGAGAAAGAGUCCCAAUUAAAGGUUAUGUAUGGUUAAAAACGAUGAUGGAAGAGGACUCAUUGUCACGAACUAUUGAUAUACAAUAUCUAAUAGUUGACUGCCCAAGCCCUUACAAUAUUAUUCUCGGAAGACCUGCUCUGAACAUGUUCAGGGCAGUAGUAUCUACUCUUCAUCUAUGUGUUAAAUUUCAGGCACAGGACGGCAGGAUAGCUAUACUUCACUCAGUCCGCCAACAAGCUCGGCAAUGCUAUAACGCAAGCCUGAAAAGGUCGGCCGCAAGACAAGAGUUCCAACAAGAGGUCAAAGCAAUUCAUAGCACAAAUAAGAUAUUAUCCCUAGCGGAUCUUGACCCCAGAGAAGACACCGAAGAAAGACCUCAACCAGCGGACAAGCUCCAGAAGGUUCCACUGACGUCCAAAUCGGAGCAUGUCACAUACAUCGGCCAAGCGCUCCAAGGACAAGAAAGAACAGAACUUAUACGGGUGUUACAAGCCAACGCCCAGAUAUGCCAGGGAUAG